ACCACCUUCCCAAACCGUGCAAAGCUACGCACAAGGGGGGGGUCCAGGUAUGACCCUGCAAAGCGGCCCCAGUGACAGCGCCGUGUAUUCCCAGUUAAAACCAGUCAACAUGUCUGGUGACGGCGGAGAGGACGGAGCUGUUUUUGAGGAUAUCAAACCCGCGAUAAGGAUGCUGACGACUCAGCCGGAGCUCGGCGAGGUAAGGUCAGAAAUGGACAAAUAUCUCCUGGGUCAGAUGCCUCCACACCAUCAGAAGUACAGAAGGGAGAGUGCUUCCGUGGUGGAUGAAUUUUUCGAGGCAGAAAAGGUUCCUCAAACUCCUUACAGUGUGAACAUAAAUGUUAUACUACCAGACACUUCUCACCUCCGUACCGGCCUCUACAGGCCUUCAAAGACCUUUACUUUGCUCCCACAGAUCAAAAUGGAACCAGGGAUCGAUUUUCCCCAAUCUUGCCCCGUUUCCCUGACCCAGACCCUGCCAGAUUUCACCAGUGUCUUUAGCAUGCCACAUGCGGUCCCAGUGAACAAUAUAUUAAUUAAGCAGGAGGCACAACCAGAAGUGCCGCUCACAACCAGCGACACACCCCAGACUCACCUUUACCAUAUGUCCGUGGCCAAUGACGCACUCAACUUGGUCCAAUCCAAUGGAAGUACAUCGGUGGUAAAUGCAAUCAGCUGCACUCCCGCGACCACCACCGCUGGUGAAAACCUUCCCACUCUGACCCAUUCAACACGGCAACAACUUGGAAAGCAGUUUCAGUGCUUGGGUCCAGAUGGUAGCCUGGUUCCCGGGCAGUUUUUUCAGUCUCCCCCUGUCACGUUACCACCUUCUCCUCCAAAUUCCCAGCCAGGGAGCCCAGAAAAUUUGCCAGACCUAGUCAACAAUAUAUCUCCCCCUCCACCUUAUGAAGCUACAUUUGGACUGAAACUGGUAGAAGUACCACAACUCCAAACAGUGUCCGAUCUGGGUUCUUUGCUACCACAGGGACAAGUUCUGCACCUGACACUACCAAGAUUCAACAGGAGAAAUAACCCAGAACUGGAAAAGAGGAGAAUACAUCACUGUGAUUAUCCAGGUUGCACAAAAGUCUACACCAAGAGUUCACACCUCAAGGCACAUCAAAGGACACACACAGGUGAGAAGCCGUAUAAAUGUGCCUGGGAGGGAUGUGACUGGCGGUUUGCCCGUUCCGAUGAGCUCACAAGACACUACCGUAAACACACAGGCGCCAAGCCCUUCAAGUGUGCAGCAUGCGGCCGCUGCUUUUCCCGCUCGGACCACCUUGCCCUACACAUGAAAAGGCAUCAGAACUGAAAACGCUUUCGAAAAAGUCAGUUUAUUGUAAAUAAGGCCCAGAGACAUUCAACGGGAGUUCUAAAAGAACAAUAUGAA